AUGACUUUUGUCAUUGUUGAAUGGAAGGAUAGUGGGGUAUCUGUAAUAAACAGUUCAUGGUUGACACCUAUGAAAAAGGAGGCCUAUUGGCCACCUUGCAAGGAACAGAAAGUUUUCAAUAAAAUUAUUAAAGAACAAGAUCCACAUAUUAAUGGCUCUUGGGCAUUGCAUGAAGUGAAACGUUGUAUGUUUGAAACUGAUGACUUCGAAAAAGCAAAAAAGAAGUGUAUUGAAGCUGAAGACACAUCCAACUUGGAAUCUGAUGAUAUAGAUUCAAUUAGAAGAAGAAAACUGAGGGCUAAAAAAAAUUUCAGUAGCAGUGAAGAUGAUGAACCAUUGAGGAAAAUUAAAAAAAUACCAGAGCGCCCACCACGUUUUCAUCACAUUGUCACAAACAAUGCCCAAGAAAAUUCCUGUAAACCUAGUAAUCCUGAUUCAGUCCUAUCAAGUGGCACAAGUACCCCAACAUCGUCGUUCAGUUUAUUAAGCUCUACUCCUACUAACAAUGAUACCCACACUCUUGGCAGAUCAAUACAAGUUACCCCAGUUAGAACAAAUCUUGGAACUAAUACUAACAUCAACAACAGUCUAGGAUUUGAUCGCAAUAUACUGUCUUUGCUCUAUCACAUUAAAGAACAGAAUGAGCAGAUCCUGAAUCAUUUGAAUAAAAAACCUCCAGAAGUAGGAACACUGCCGAAUGAUUUACCAAUAGAAAUACCUCUCAAAGAAAUAGAACAAAUCGAAGAACUGGAAAUUUUCCUGAAAUCUGAUGUAAACUUGUCUGGAAUGGUAUCCUACCUAUCUACUCUGGGUGGUAAAGAUCGUACGUCCAAAACCAACAAUAUUUUGAGACAUUUACUUACCGACCAGCUGGCAACAUCCUUCAAUUUUCGAGGAAAAAGACAAAAAAGACCAUUUUGUGAACUUUCUUUGAGUGAUUGUAUAGUAAGAGCAGUAAAAAAAACUGAAAGUGCGACCAAUGCCCAAGUAGAAGCAAUAAUCAAAGUCUGGCUAAAGCAUGCACCACAACGUUGGAUGAAGAAAAAUGCUCAUUGA